GGAUACUGGUGACCGAAAGGAGGAAGAGCGUGUGUUAGGGACGUAGGAUGACGUAGGGUGUAUUGACUGCAGGCUAGUUACAUAUUUGGGCUCCCUGUGUAAGAAAGAUGGCGGACGAAGUUGUGCAAAGAGGGUGUAAUCCUGUAUUUAUCAAUGCACUUACAUAUAUAGUCACAAUGGCAGUAUUCCUUGUUGCCUUUACGGUUCCAGGGAUAACGAUUCUCCCUUUCCCUGCUAGUGGUUGCCUUAUACCAGGUCCCGAUGGCACUAAAUUCGCUGAAGCAAAUAACAUCGGAUAUCUUUUCGUUGCUUUAUGGGCAGCUCACUUCCUUCGCCGUACUAUGGAAGUCCUCUUUGUCCAUGACUAUAGAAGAAACAUGACUUACAUAGAGAGUAUAGGUGCUCCAGUGUACUACUGGUUCUUUGCUUUUUGGAAUGGACUGGCAAUACGCCAUGCUGAUAACAAUUACAAACCGACUUUCAUGGCAAUGGCUAUCAUUGGUUGCGUCGUCUUUUUGAUUGGGGAAAUUGGCAACUGUCAUUGUCACUUGCUGCUUCGAUCGUUUCGUAAGAUGAAACGUAAAUCAUACUUGUCAAUGAAGACUAAGCAUGUCAUUCCAUCAGGUUACAUGUUCGAGUUUGUCUCUUGUCCCCAUUAUUUCUUCGAAAUUCUAUCCUGGUUUGGAUUCAUGCUUGCUACAUGGACUCUAGCUGCUGUGGUAUUUCUUGUCGCAAGUGCUGCAACCCUCGUCACAUACGCAUAUAAAAAGCACAACGCGUACUUGAAAGAGUUUGAUGGACUAGCUGAAAGAGAAUUGUACCCAAGAAACCGAAAAGCACUUAUCCCUUUUAUUUUUUGAUUUUUUCACCAUAUUUUUUUCAAAUCAGUAGAGUUUCUAUAGGAGAAGUCUUGCUGGGUUUGAGCUCUUGACAAUCCGUACCAUUAUAAGGAUGAGGAGGUCAUUUUUUAUCCUUUUCAGGAAUAGGUGAAUAUGAUAUAAACAACUAUAUUUCAGCUAAAAAAAGAAAAAAAAAUUGUUUUUGGCAUGCUCCAGAUGAGGAUCAAACUUCAACACCGCAAGUUCAUAAGAUGGUCUGUGGUACUAUCUAGCCACUUUCACCACUUGGCUAUCAUGACUUACUUACUUUUAUUGUAUUAUGUUAGUAUUGGCCCAAUCUUGUAUAGUGUUCUGCAAGAUUUAGACUAUUAUGGAUGAACCUGGUUGCCCAAAAUCAAUCUUGGAAUCUUUUAAGGAAAGUAAUAAAUGCUGCAAUUUUGAAGAGGAUUAGAAUAAAUAAAAGAAAAAAACACUGUAAAUCAUUUCAACUGU